AUGGACAUGUCAUCAAACUCGACAACAUCGACGUGCAACUCGUCGAUGCUCUGGAACUGGUCCACCCUCAACACAUGCUUCCUCACCGAGGGCUGGCACGUCUCGUCCCGCGCAACCUUUGCCGCAUCCUGUAUCGGCGUCGCCAUCCUCGCCAUUGCCGGCGAAGCCGCACGGCGCGCGUGCAAAGACUAUGACCACCAGGUCCACGCGCAGCUCAACGCGCCCGGCGCGCUCUCGGCCGUCAACGGCCUCGGCUGGUCGUCGCGACGUGCGACACCGGGCCAGCAGCUGGUCCGGAGCGUGCUGCAUGUGGUGGCGACGGGCGUCAACCUCCUCAUCAUGCUCGUCGUCAUGACGUUUAAUGGCUACGCCAUCGUCUCGGUCCUCAUCGGUACCGGCAUCGGCAAGUUUUUCUGUGACUGGAUGACCAUUCCUCAUUCCGAGGACGGCUACUCGCCAUGUCCCGAGGAGCGGGGCGAGGGUGCUGCCAUCGAAGUGUCCGAGACCAAGCGCGACAGCGUGCACAUGGUCCACUGUCACUAG